UUGCAUAAUGUUUGUCGAUGUUUGAAGUGCAAUUCUGUAGAGCUUUGUUCAAGACACUUGGUGUCAGUAUAAUAACAAACCAUGAUUCUGCGUGCUCGUAUGAUUUCCACUAAACCCAUCCCCUUCCUAUCCAGUUAUUACGACCAAGUCCUUAUUGAGACCAGUGCUUUUUUUCGCAUUUUGGCCGUCAGACAUCUUUUAUACCAUAUUAUGGUGCCAUUCUGAAAACGAAAGCAUUAGACGAAUUUUACUUAGGCUCGUGUGAAAAGCUCUUUCAAGGGGAUUUUGCUUAUUUUAUUUCUCCCCCUUCCCGUCAUGGAACAAAGGCAGCGUGAAACACGGAGAGCGCGGACAAAAUGGACUACAAUAAUUAUGCUUUUGGUGCCGUUUUGGGGCAGCGUUUCAGCACAAUUCCGUUAUUCUGUCCCGGAAGAAGUCUCGGAGGGAACAUUUGUUGGAAAUAUUGCAAAAGAUUUGGGCCUGGAUAGGGCUACGGUGAAAGAGAGGGGGAUCCGUAUUGUCUACGGGUCGACGGAGCCGCCUUUCGCAGUGAGGCAAGAUGACGGCGUCUUGUACGUGAAAGGAAAAAUUGACCGAGAGGAAAUCUGUGAACGCAGAAAGGUUUGCGCUACUGACUUAAAAACGGUGCUUCAGAACCCGCUGGAGAUCCAUCAUGUCACCGUGGAGAUUCUGGAUGUGAACGAUCAUUCGCCAAUUUUCCCACAAAAAGAAAACAUCUUGGAGGUUUAUGAAUCCGCGCUUCCAGGAGCAAAAUUCCAGCUGCAAGCUGCGCGGGAUGCUGACAGCGGAUCAUUUUCUGUCCAGCAGUAUAAGUUGAGUAAUAAUGGACAUUUUCGUUUAGAGGUGAAAGAUCGAGGUGAGGACCGUAAAACGCCCAGUUUAGUUCUUGAAAAGCCGCUAGACAGAGAGUCAGUUAAAAGCCAUGUGUUGCUUCUGACAGCAUUAGAUGGAGGCAAGCCUCCAAGAUCUGGUAACAUGACAAUAAUAGUUAAUGUUUCUGAUGUUAACGAUAACCCGCCCGUUUUUAGUCAGGAAUUAUAUACCGUGUCUCUGAAGGAAAACUCUCCUGCCUGGACUACUGUGAUCCGAGUUAAUGCAACAGAUUUAGACGAGGGUUCAAACGGGGAGGUUAUUUAUUCGUUCGGAAAUGACGUGGAUGCACGGAUACGGGAACGUUUUAGUUUAAAUCCUGUGACUGGAGUCAUUGUUGUGGCUGGAGUCAUAGAUUUUGAAGAGAGCAGCAGAUAUGAAAUUGAUGUUCAGGCAUCCGACAAAGGCACAGCGACACUGAACACGGAAAAAAGUGUGAUCAUCAAUAUAGUUGAUGAAAAUGACAACGAGCCAGAGAUUGAAGUGACGUCAUUUUCUCAUGCGCUCCCAGAGGACUCAAAGCCAGGGACGACAGUGGCGUUGAUCAGUGUAAAAGAUGCUGAUUCUGGUCUGAACGGAAAAGUGAUGUGUUAUAUAAACCAAAACCUCCCGUUUUUACUAACCCCCUCUUUACAAAAUAACAUGUAUUCUCUAGUGACUAAGACUAUUUUGGAUAGAGAACAAACAUCUCAAUACAAUAUAUUAAUUGUUGCUAAAGAUGGGGGAGAACCAAGCUUGCGUUCAGAAAAAAAUAUAAAAGUAGAUGUAGCUGAUGUAAAUGACAAUAUACCAGAAUUCUCUCAAAACCCAUACACUUUUUACAUUUAUGAGAAUAACAGCCCAGGAGAGAAAAUAGUUUCUGUAACAGCGCGUGACAAUGAUGAAGGCAGUCAUGCAAUAAUUUCAUAUACAAUUUCAAAAGAUAGAGAAGCAACAAAUAUGCUGACAUCUUUUCUGAAUGUUAACCUUGAAAAUGGAGAUAUCGUGGCUCUGAAAAGUUUUGACUUUGAAACCCUGAAAACUUUCAGGUUCCAAGUUGUUGCCUCAGAUUCUGGGACUCCGUCCCUGAGCAGCAACGUGACAGUGAACGUGUUCAUCCUGGACCAGAACGACAACGCUCCAGUCAUCCUGUAUCCAGUCAGCUCCAACGGUUCUGCUGAAGGUGUGGAGGAGAUUCCCCGCAAUGUGAACGCAGGACACUUGGUGACCAAAGUCAGAGCCUAUGACGCUGAUAUAGGAUAUAACGGCUGGUUGCUGUUUUCCCUGCAGGAAGUUACUGACCACAGCCUCUUUGGUUUGGACCGCUACACAGGACAGAUCAGAACCCUUCGCUCAUUCACAGAGACAGACGAGGCUGAGCAUAAACUGCUCAUCCUGGUCAAAGACAACGGCAACGUUUCCCUCUCAGCAACAGCUACUGUGAUUGUCAAGCUGGUAGAGCCCAAAGAGGCUUUUGCAGCUUCUGAUGUUAAAAGUGCAGCAAAGGAUGAUGAGGAUACUAAUGUGACUUUUUACCUGAUGAUCACUCUGGGCUCAGUUUCAGUUCUUUUCAUCAUCAGCAUCAUCGUGCUGAUAGCAAUGCAGUGCUCCAAAUCCCCAGACUAUACUUCUAAAUAUCUCCAAGAGACUAAUUAUGAUGGGACCCUGUGUCACAGCAUCCAGUACAGAUCUGGAGACAAACGGUACAUGUUGGUUGGACCCAGGAUGAGCAUAGGAUCUACUAUAGUACCUGGAAGUCAUGCAAACACACUAGUGCUCCCUGACAGGAGGAGGACGUCUGAGGAGGUAAGAUCAACAAAUUAACCUUGAAAAGUUCCCAGCUGAACAUAAUUGUUUAUUUAGGUCAAAAGUGCUGCCUUGUUUCAUAGUUUGGUUUCUAAAUCAUCUUACAUGACUUUCUGUUAAACAGUUUAGAACUCAUACUUGUAAGCAUGCAACUUUUGUCACGCAGUAUUUAAA